AUUUGCCGAAAUAUUAACCGAAUUCCGAACCGAAGUAGAUAAACAAAAAGCCUUAGAACGACCCGAAGAAGACCGACAAGAAGCCCAAGCAAGAAUUAAUGAAAUCUACCAGCAAAUUAAAACGAUUAUUCAACAAUUAAUCACCGAAGAGGAAGAAGAACCUUUAACGAUUGAAUUAGAACCAGGAAUGGAGGAAGAAAAUAACCAAACUGAACCAGAAUGA